UCGGCGCGGCGGUGUAAUCGGAAGAUAAUAGACGCGCACCGCUCGAAGCGCGAACGGCCGGGAACGUGGACUCCGUCGCGAUAUACAGUCUCCUCUCGACUCGCGUCGCGCACAGUGGAGCGCCCAAGGCUCCCGCGGAUGUCGGUUGAGAGUAGCCUCGUGACUCCCGCGACACGUUUUCGGGCCGAUUCUGUGGAGGACGCGACGCCGAGCGGCGCCCCGGUGACUGAUAACGCGAUUAUCGAGACACGGAGAGUCCGCAGUCACUCGGCGGACGUUCUAUAUAGGAAGGCGGAAACGAUAUAGCAGUAUAUAGCGCGUGCAGGGGCAGGAUAUCGACUGGCCAUUUGAUUUCGCAGAGGACGCCAUUUGUUUUGGCGGGCACGUGCAUCUCGUUGCCGGGCGCUCGCUCGUUGGAUUAACGGAUCCCGCGCCGCCCUCGUACCUUAUGAACGGCAUUACGUCAGAAAUGGAAUCCAUGGACAUAGCGGCAGAGCCCACUACUGUGAACAAGAACGCCAGCGUGGCGUCCUGCAGAGAAUCCGUGUCCGUUGACGACAUGACCUCGAGGGACUACUACUUUGACUCCUAUGCUCACUACGGGAUACACGAGGAGAUGCUGAAGGACGAAGUGCGCACCGUGACUUAUCGGAACUCGAUGUAUCACAAUAAGCAUCUCUUCAAGGGGAAGACUGUCCUUGACAUCGGCUGCGGCACUGGCAUUCUCUCCAUGUUCGCGGCCAAGGCCGGCGCGGCCAAGGUCAUCGGCAUCGAGUGCUCCAACAUCGUCGAGUACGCGGAGAAGAUAGUGGAGGCGAACAACCUGUCCAACGUUAUAACGAUACUUAAAGGGAAAGUUGAGGAGGUCUCAUUGCCCGACGGGAUAGAAAAGGUCGACAUAAUAAUAUCCGAGUGGAUGGGCUACUGCUUGUUUUACGAAUCGAUGCUGGACACGGUGCUCUUCGCCCGAGACAAGUGGCUCCGCGAGGACGGCAUGCUCUUCCCCGACAAGGCGACUCUGUUCAUCUGCGGCAUCGAGGAUAGGCAAUACAAAGACGAGAAGAUCAACUGGUGGGACGACGUGUACGGAUUUGACAUGAGCAGCAUAAGGAAGGUGGCCAUUAGCGAGCCGCUGGUGGACGUCGUCGAUCCAAAGCAGGUCGUCACAAACGCAUGCCUAAUCAAAGAGGUUGAUCUUUACACAGUGACGAAGGCCGAUCUCGAGUUCUCGUCGCCGUUCACUCUUCAAGUGCGUAGGAACGACUACGUCCAAGCCCUAGUUACGUUCUUCAACAUCGAAUUCACCAAGUGCCACAAACGCAUUGGCUUCAGCACCGCGCCGGAAGUGCCGUACACGCAUUGGAAGCAAACUGUCUUUUACUUCGACGAGUACAUGACCGUGAAGAAGGGGGAGGAGAUAUACGGCGUAUUCUCGAUGAGGCCCAACGCCAGGAAUUACAGGGAUCUGGAUUUCAGCAUCGAGUUAGAUUUCAAAGGGGAGCUGUGCCAAGUACACGAGACUAAUAACUACCGUAUGCGCUGAUGCGCAGUCGAUUUGCGCGCCACUUUCCACUUUUUUCAUAGCCCGUAAAAAAAAAGUCAUUUACUCAAGCCUGAAGCUCGAUUUCUACAUUAUGGAAAACUAUAAAUGAUCGCGUUUAGAACAGAAUAUUGUCGACGGUAUGUGAAACUGUCCAAACUUCAAUUUUGAAGAGCAUGGAAUGCUUUCUGAUUAGACAUUUAAUAUAAUGAUUUUUAUAGACGUUUUCUCCUGUAAACGUGCAAGUGUCUGGAUAAUUAAUUAUAUUUAUAAUAAUUAAAUUCAAACGAAUAACAUUGUAA